AUGCAGCUGAGUCGGUGGGUGCUCACGUUGGUGGCUCAACACAAAGGGGUUACUUUUUCUGCCACCACUUUCUUCACUCACCGACAGAAAGAGGCGGAUCAUUUGGGUCACAGGAGAAAGAUGAAGAGCCAAAGCAGUUAUGCCCCACCGGCGUACAUUCCUUUAGGGAUGUCGGAUUCUGAAUCGGCAAUUGUUUUGCGAAAUGAAGAGCCUCCCAAGGAGCAAAACAGUGUUGAUGGGCCUGUACAAUGGUCUUCUGGAAUCUGCGCAUGCUGUGACGAUAUGCAGAGCUGUUGUAUAGGUCUAUUUUGUCCUUGCUUUUUAUUUGGAAAGAAUGCAGAAUUUCUGGGUUCUGGGACAUUCAUAGGAUCAUGCAUGACUCAUUUUAUUUUGUGGGCACUCAUUAAUACCGUCUGCUGCUUAUUGACUGAGGGUCUUGUUUUGGGAGUACCGGGAUGCUUUGUUGCAUGUUAUGCUUGUGGCUACCGCAGGACCCUAAGAUCAAAGUAUAAUCUUCAGGAAGCACCAUGUGGAGACUUUGUCACUCAUUUUUUCUGCCAUUUGUGUGCCAUUUGUCAAGAGUACAGGGAGAUGCGAGAAAAAUCUGCUGAUUCUGGCUUUCCUGACCUGAGUCUGGCCAUAGUUACAGCCCCACCAGUCCAGACAAUGGAACCGGGUCUUGAAGAGUAA